AAUGAAUAAAACCCAAGCUCCAUAUGGAGAUCAGAUGAAAUUUUGAGAUUUAUCACAGCUACCUCUCAAGCAAGCAUUUAUUGAUAAAACUAUGGAUAAAGAUGCAUUUGCUGAUUUCCUGCACCUCAAGACAAAAGUGACUCAGAAUAUCUCUAAGUGCCUAGAACAAGCUUCUAGCAAGAGAAUAGCCAACUCCAGAAGGAAACAUGGUUACUUCCAGAAGCACUUCUUAGAGAGACAGAGGGAGAAAUGGGAGCGAAAAUAAACUUACUUCAAAGAAGAAUAAAAUAUUUGUGAAAUCUCAUGCUCAGCAUUUGUCGCCCUUCUCUUCUAGGCCGAAUGAGAAAUUCCUUCUGAACUUGCCGAUGGCUAUGCCAAAGACAAGACAUAGAGAAGGAGAUGGCCUAUCGCCUAUCGGUGAUAGGCAUUUCUACUCCCGCGUCAGGUCAACAAAGUACUCUCAGCAGAAGGAGUUCUACUUGAACUCCUUCCUGCAUUACAACCCAAAGCCGAUACAGAAGGAAAGGAAGGCUGUCACCAGGAAGAAGGACCUUCGCUUGCAUCAUCCUAGUAUGGAAAAUACCUUUAUAGGUAGAUCAUUGAAAUCUGAAGGUAAAAUUCCAAAAUUCUUCUCUGCGAAGAACUCAGUUGCGACUGUCUUAAAGGUCAAUCACCUGAGAAGGCCCAAGCGUAGCCACCAGGUCCUCUAGAGGGCGUAAUCUCUGUAGAUUUUAGACGAUAAUAUUUCAAUAUGU